AUGGCAAGAUUUGACUACGAUCCUGCCUCAUUCUCCAAAAUCACUUACAACAUCGGUGGUAUAUCAGUCCAUGUAUACAAUAGUGAUGCUUUAAUACCAUACAUUGAGGCCUUUAACAAGUCGCUGGUUCAUGUGGAUGAAAUCCCAAUCAAUGUCAAUUACUUGCUCCAUGGCCGUACAAGAACCUACAAAGACUCAGAGGCCAUUGCCUAUAAUAUCUUGAGGCAGGUUGAAGAGAAAAGAGAGCAUAAAGAUGCGGUUCCCUUAAUAUGUGUUGCUUUUGAUCUAAGAAAUCAUGGUGAACGCACAAUUGAUGCAUCCAAGAAUGACGAUUGGUUACGAGGUAAUCAAACACACGCAGUUGACAUGCUCAGCACCAUUAUGGGCAAUGUGCAAGAUUUGAAGGUACUCAUUGAUUUCUUACCGGACUAUUUGAACUUGGAGUCGUAUUUGACCAAUGAAUUCAAAUCAAAGAAUCAACAUUACAAUAUCAAGCAUCGCAACAUUAUUUCAGGCUAUUCUUUGGGUGCGCAUACUGUUUUCCGGUUUGCAAACGAGUAUCCUGAUUUGGUUUACGCAAUUAACCCAGUUAUUGGAUGUGUUGAUUUAUCAAGUUUAUUGAUUAAUAGACUCAAACAGAAUGAUGUAUCGAGUACUGACUAUGACAAGAGGUGGUUUUAUUACAGCUAUGACGAAUUGAAAUUGUCGCCUGGGCAAGAGACAGCACAGUAUCCAGAACACUUCCAUAAGGUGCUUUCCAAACAAGAUGAAUCUGUUUGGGAAAACUUUGCCAUGAAUUCAAUCAAGAUGCAUGCUAGUUUUGGCCAGGAAGAUAAGUUGGUGCCCCAUAAAUUGAGUUCAGUUUGGUGUGACUCUUAUUUGAAUACUAAUGGCGAUACAGAGGUUAAUGUUUAUGAAGGUGUUGGGCAUGACGUUCCUGAAAAAAUGGUUGAAGAUUUUACUACGUGGUUAGUCAAGUAUAUUUAA